CGUAUUUAAUUCAAAAAUAGCCGUUAAACGUUUUUUAUAAGAUAAUACAAAAUAAAAAACAAAACAAAAAAUAAAUUCCAUGUGCCUAAUUUGAGUGUUGGGAAUGCUUGUUGUUUCGCAAUUAAAAGUACAAAAUUACGAUCUCAAACAAAAGCAUGAUGAAUGAUGCUAAAAAAUCCAAUACUCAACUGCCUGGCGAGCAGGAUUUUAAAAGUGCGAAAGCCACUGGAAAUGUUGAGAAUAAAUACAAUUAUUUUUCGCUGUUUCGUUAUUCUACUUGCCUGGAGCGCUUCAUGCUAGUGCUGAGCAUGAUAGUAGCCACAUUGGGAGCAGCUCUUAUACCCUAUUUUGUGGUCAUCUACGGUGAAUUCACAGCGCUGCUGAUAGAUCGUACUGUUCGCGUUGGCACAUCCUCGCCCACUUUUAUUUUACCAAUCUUUGGUGGCGGGAAAACGCUCACCGAUGCGAGUGAGGAGGAGAACAGACAAGCUCUUAUAGAAGAUUCGGUAGCUUUUGGCGUUGGCAGUUUAGUGGGCGCGGUGAUUAUUAUGAUACUCAUAACGAUAUCAAUUGAUGUGGCGAACCGUAUGGCACUAAAUCAAAUCAAUCGCAUACGCAAAAUUUUUCUGGAGGCCAUAUUACGUCAGGACAUGAGCUGGUAUGACACCUCUUCGGGAGCCAAUUUCGCCAGCAAAAUGACUGAGGACCUAGACAAAUUAAAAGAGGGCAUAGGAGAAAAAGUGGCUAUCGUUACGUUUCUCAUAAUGACCUGUUUAUUGGGCGUGGUGGCCAGCUUCCUCUACGGCUGGAAGCUGACCCUAGUGCUGAUGAGCUGUUGUCCUUUUAUAAUGGCGGCUACUGCUAUGGUGGCUAAGAUACAAAGCUCGCUAGCGGAGAAGGAGUUAAAAGCAUAUUCGGAUGCAGGUAAUGUGGCAGAGGAGGUAUUUAGUGGCAUUCGAACAGUACUGGCCUUUAGCGGGGAGCGUGUGGAAAACGAACGUUUUUCCAAGCUGCUUCAGCCAGCAGAAAGUACGGGACGAAAGAAAGGACUCUAUUCCGGCAUAAGUGCGGGUAUAAUGUGGCUGCUCAUAUACAUCUGCAUGGCCAUUGGCAUUUGGUAUGGCGUCGACUUAAUACUGGACCAACGCGAUUUGCCCGAACGGACAUAUACGCCGGCUGUGCUGGUGAUAGUCAUGUUUACGGUCAUCAAUGGAGCGCAGUACUUGGGUUUCUCUAUGCCGCAUGUGGAUUCUUUUGGCGUAGCCCUAAGCGCUGCACGCAAUCUAUUUAGCAUUAUUGAUCGGGCUUCAGAAAUUGAUCCGUUAGCGGAGCAGGGCCUAAAGCCGGCAAGCAUAACAGGACGUCUGCGCUUUGAUAAUAUACACUUUCGUUAUCCUGCGCGUCCAGAUGUGGAGAUCUUAAAGGGCUUGUCAGUGGACGUAGCGCCAGGCCAGACUGUGGCAUUUGUAGGAGCAUCCGGCUGCGGCAAGAGCACUGUUAUACAAUUGAUGCAGCGCUUUUAUGAUCCACUGCAGGGUAGCGUACAGCUGGAUGGACAUGAUUUGCGCGCAUUGAAUGUGGGUUGGUUGCGCUCACAGAUUGGGGUAGUGGGUCAAGAGCCAGUGCUCUUUGCCACCAGCAUCGGCGAAAAUAUACGCUUUGGCAAGCCGGACGCCACACAGGCGGACAUUGAGCGUGCCGCACGUCAGGCCAAUUGUCACGAAUUUAUCAGCAAGCUGCCCAAGGGCUAUGAUACCAAAGUAGGUGAGCGUGGGGCUCAAAUGUCUGGCGGUCAAAAGCAGCGCAUUGCCAUUGCGCGUGCGCUUGUGCGUAACCCGAAGAUCUUGCUGCUGGAUGAGGCCACUUCGGCGUUGGAUCCCACGUCGGAGAAGCGGGUUCAGGACGCUUUGGAGUUGGCCAGUCAGGGACCCACUACACUCGUUGUGGCGCAUCGCCUCUCGACUGUUACAAAUGCCGACAUGAUUGUGUUUGUAAAGAACGGUGUGGUGGCUGAGCAGGGCACGCAUGAUGAGCUUAUGGAAAAGGGUGGCUUGUACUAUGAACUGGUGCACAUAACCAAGCGCAAGGAGUUGGAGCUGAAGCAGGCGGAUGCAGAGACUAACACGCAGCGUCAGUCCAAUGCAGAUGACAUUAUCACGGAGGAUUUCAGCGAUGAGGACGAAGAAGAUGCUGAGGGUAAAGCAAAAGGCCAUACGGAAGGCAAGGAGGAUAUACUCAGUGUGAGCUCGAGAAGCAAACGUGGUUCCAAGCGUGCAAAGAAUAAAAAGAAACAACAGGCGGCAGAAGAAGAAAUACAAAACGUAUCCUUCAUGCAGCUGAUGAGGCUGAAUGCACCCGAAUGGCGUUACAUAGUGCUGGGCUGCAUUGCCGCCUCCAUACACGGAACAACGUUUCCACUCUGGGGUCUCUUCUUUGGCGACUUCUUUGGCACACUAUCUGACGGAGAUGCGGACAUUAUUCGUCACGAGGGCAACAAUAUAUCCUAUAUAUUUGUGGGCAUAGGCCUAAUGGCUGGACUGGGAACAAUGUUCCAGAGCAUGAUGUUCACUACGGCGGGUGUGAAGAUGACUACGCGACUGCGGCAGACAGCUUUCAAGACGAUUAUGUCACAGGAGGUGGCGUUCUUCGAUGAUGAGCGCAAUGCUGUGGGCGCACUCUGCGCAAGACUCGCCUCCGAUUGUUCCAAUGUGCAGGGGGCGACUGGGGCACGCGUUGGCAUCAUGUUGCAGGCGGUUGUCACAAUGGUCGCGGGAAUGAUAGUGGGCUUUGUCUACUCCUGGCAACAAACGCUGCUCACGAUUGUUACAAUUCCAUUUAUAUGUUUGUCUGUCUAUCUGGAGGGGCGCUUUAUCGCGCAGAGCGUUCAAUGGGCGCGGACAGCCGUUGAGCAGGCCUCUCAGGUGGCCGUCGAAGCCAUCGCCAAUAUACGCACUGUGAAUGGACUGGGUCUGGAACGUCUGGUGAUCGAGCGCUAUACGCAGCAAAUUGAUCAAGUAAAUCUUGCUAGUCGACGCAAGGUGCGCUACCGUGGAGUAGUGUUUGCCUUGGGGCAGGCAGCACCUUUUCUAGCGUACGGCAUUAGUUUGUAUUACGGCGGCAUGUUGGUGGCAAAUAAUGGCUUGCACUAUUCGAAUAUAAUCAAGGUGGCUGAAGCCCUUAUCUUUGGCUCUUGGAUGCUGGGGCAAGCCUUGGCCUAUGCGCCGAAUGUGAAUGAUGCCAUACUUUCUGCCGGCAGGCUAAUGAAGCUUUUCGAGCGCACGCCCACGCAGUCCAAUCCUGCUCAGAAUCCCUAUAAUACGGCUGAGAAAUCGGAGGGUGACAUUGUUUAUGAUAAGGUAGGCUUUGAGUAUCCCACGCGCAAGGGCACGCCCAUAUUGGAGAACUUGAAUCUCACGAUAAAGAAGAAUACAACAGUGGCGCUAGUUGGACCCUCUGGAUCUGGAAAAUCAACUUGUGUGCAACUGCUGCUGCGCUACUAUGAUCCAAGCUCCGGCACGGUCAAUCUAAGUGGCGUGCCCAGCACAGAUUUUCCUUUGGAUACACUACGUUCGAAGUUGGGUCUGGUGUCGCAGGAGCCAGUACUCUUUGAUCGCACCAUUGCUGAGAAUAUAGCGUAUGGCAACAAUUUCCGUGACGAUGUGCCCAUGCCGGAGAUUAUUGCUGCUGCUAAGCAGGCAAAUAUACAUAACUUUAUCAGCUCGCUGCCACAAGGCUAUGAGACGCGCGUGGGCAAGACCUCACAACUAUCCGGCGGACAGAAACAGCGCAUUGCCAUUGCACGCGCUUUGGUGCGCAAUCCCAAGAUUUUGAUACUCGACGAGGCCACCUCGGCGUUGGACCUGGAGAGCGAGAAGGUAGUGCAACAAGCGCUGGAUGAAGCGCGCGCGGGACGUACCUGUGUAACCAUUGCGCAUCGUCUGAGUACGGUGCGCGAUGCGGAUUUAAUUUGUGUGCUUAAGAAGGGCGUCGUGGUGGAGCAGGGCACACACGAGCAGCUAAUGGCGCUCAAUUGCAUCUACGCCAAUCUCUAUAUGAUGCAACAGGUGGCGGGUUAGGUAUAUGAAACUUCCGGUUAGUGUAAGUCGCAAAUUUUAUAAUUAAUAUUUAGUAUUUAGGUCUUUAAAUACUU